GGACAGAGGGAGUAAAAGAUUAAGAUUGAAAUUAAUAAAAUUAAAAUUUUAGUAUUUAUUUUUUUACAAGAGUCAAACCUUGAAAUUUUUCUUUUAUGAUUUUUCCAAAAUGUUUUGUAGGACAUUAUAUUUUCCAAAAUGCAUUGAUUGUAAUCUUUUUGCAUUAGAUUUUCAUAUUAAAUCACUUUGUUCUAUUUUCAUAUUAAAUUUUCCAAAAUGUUCUAUUUCAUCAGAUUUUCAUAUUAAAUCACUUUGUUCUAUUUAUAGCAUUAUAUUUAUGUGAUUUGUUAUAAUCGUUGAUCUAAAAUUGAAAUAGUUAAUUGACAAGUAAUUUUUAAAAGUGAAAUUAUUUUUAGUGUUUGGCCUAUUCACAUCUCUCUAGUUUCCAAAUUUUAUUGAUUCUAAUAUUUCAAUUGGUCUCAUAUCUAGAUUGUCAUUGGUUCAAGUUAUGUGAGUGCGAAUUUUUGGAGGUUGCUGAACUAUGUCUAUGGCUAUGGCACAAAGGCUUGCUCAACUUGGAGAAGAAAUCGAACGCGUUGAGAACCAGCUCCGCGAAUGCCAGAGGCUCCUCUUCGCCUUUUGGCAAUACCUACCAAAAGACCAAAUAAUAAGGGAAGCCGAGCUCAGGCUCCAAAUGCUGCGAGCUGCACUGCACUCGCUCAUUCUCUCAUUGGCAUUGUGGUUCCGCAGUAGCCCAAGAAAUUAGAAGAAAUUAACACGUGCUUAUCUUUUCAUGUUUUGUGAUCGAGCAAGACACUUGCUUAAGAAUUAAAAUAAUUGCGCUUGUUUUUGGGUGGAAGUAGUUUGUUUGUUGUCCUUUCUAGUCUAGUGCAAUCAAUAACCAUAAAAGCCUUUAGAUCAACAAAUAAGGAAACAAUUUACCCUCUCUCUAGCAACUUACGUCAACAAACUCAUGCAAAAAAAAUGAAGAAUAACAUCUCAAAUAAAAGGAGAUGCCGUUUAUUUAUUAUUUUAGAAUUUUUUGUUUUUUCUAUUUCUAAUAAUUAAUGAUUUGUUGACGGUCAGAAAAUAGUCUCUCAAAUAUCAUGUCCAGACAUCGCUACAACUGCGCUGGCUCCACUCCCACUUACCAGGACCUCUGAGGGAAAAACCCCUAUUCCAAGAGUAUUUCAAUUCACUUUCAGAUGAAUGAAAGAUGGUCAUUGAAUUCACCAGCUCCGGCUGAAUGAAGGGGCUGGAUAUAUGCAUUUUUACCCUCACAUCAUCAUAGGAAUUCAGAUUGGAAAGUGCUUGGAUUGUAAGCGAUAACACAUUAAUUAACAUAUGUGCAAUGAAUACAGCAGCUUUUCACAUAAUGAAACAAAACACAUGUGAGAUAAAAGGUAGGUCCACCAUAUAUGGGAACCACUCUUUGUGUCAUAUAUCUCUAUUCACCUUGAUUUACUCGUGCAUUAAUAAGUUGGCUUUGGAUCCUCGUGUCUGGUCCCGUAUUGUUAGGCCAUCUAGACUCUUAUUCAAAUUUUUAAUAGGUAGGAGCUCAUGUGAUCACGACUGAGAGGGUAAUUUGUGUAGUCAAAUUGGGCUGAGCUAGGUAAAAUUCUCUUCGGAAGUUGGGCCGCGCACUGGGCUGAAAUAAGAGCUAGUGUAGCUCGGUCUUGGGCUAAGCAGACACUAGGCCAGUCAAAUAUAUGUUGUUGGGACUUGGACCUAGCUAUCUGAAGGUAGUCCUUUAGCGCACCGAGAUGUUGUCAAUAAAAAGGGUCGAGCUAUGUGUAGCUCGGCAGGGUGCUAUCCUAUAGCUAGGGUUAUCACGGCUUUGCCAAGGGGAGCACAGAGCCGAGAUAGCUCGGUUGAUCGCAGCGACUGCAGAGCUAAAGAGUUUGAACCAUCUCACCUGUUUGGUAGUGAGAAGGAUUCUGCUAAGGAAAGAUAGAGUUCUACUAGGAUUGUACCACACGAAAUCUAUAAGAGCUCAUGAAAGAACCUAUGCACAGGUAUUGCAAUUCAUACUCCCGAAUACACAGAGCUUUUGUGUCUAUUGUCCACUUGCUGACUUAGGCAUCGGAGGGGUUUCCGGCACACACUCAUCGACUAGCUUACGCUUGUGUUUAUAAUUUGAGCAAGUUUAUAAUAUUACCCUUGAAAUUACGACACUUGUAAUUUAUCUGCGUAUUUUUCAUUAAAAAUGUUAAUAAUUGUAAUCAAUUGGACUACAUUAAAAUAAAAUUAUAAAUUCAUGAUCAAAAUUGCGCAAAUUAAAAUUGCAGGAACUAAAAUGAUAGAAGGACCAAAAUACAGGGACUAUCAACAUAAUUUGCUCUUAAUCGUAAAAGAUAUAGUAUUUGAUAACAUUGAUGUUUUUUUUAUUUUUUAUUGGUAUAUGACAUUAAUUGUAAAGAAAUUGAUGUUAGGAUUCGGAUCAAAUGGGCAAAAUAUAUUAAAAUCUUAAAAGGUAUCUCUGACAAUACCUAAAUGAUAUUAUCUCUAUUUUCAUCUUCCUAAUUCAUUUCAUCUGCCUAAUCUUAGUAAAAGCAAAAGAAAAAAUUAGGUUGAUUGAUUCUGUAGAUAUAUAUAUAUAUAUAUCCUUACAAAAUUGCUAUACAUAAAUUGGUUUUUAAACUUCAUUUUCUUAUCAUUGGAUAAGAAGACAUAUAUCGCAUAUUUAUUUAUUAAUAUAGACUCUUAUAAUAAUAAAAAAUUAGUGAAAAGUUAGUUUAUGAAUAACAUUAUUCGUAUCUCUACUAUUUAUUGACUGUGUUUUAUUAUUGAGUUUUGUAAUUCCAUAAUAUACCUCAAAAUAAUUUUUCAGACACAAAAGCGACCACAAUAAAUAAUGAUGGCCAUGAGAUCCGUUGCUGAAGAGACCGAAUCACUCAUAUUGCUCAUAAAUUAUUCAAAAGAGAACCAAAAUGUAGUACACUCUCAUUUCAUAUGGGUUUUUUGGUUACAUAUAGUGUACACUUGAAUGAGCACCAAUACAGCAACAAUGAGUCCCACCAACUGUAUUAGAGACACAGAGAUUCAACUGGAGACACGAGAUUUGAUUACAGCAUGGUUUGACACUGUCCACAUUUGUCUUGCAACUGCUUUCGGCAAAACCACAACCACUGCUCUGUCCAUCUAUAGUUUCUAACACCUAAAAAUGAAAAAAAUUGUAACAACUCAUUAGAAACCUAAAAUACUAGUAACUAAAAAUUACAAAAUAAACCCAGAAUCACAUAAGCUCGCACAAUCGUAUUGUGUGAUCUUUAAACUUGUGAGAACUUUACUUUUUUAAUAGAAAUACUAUUAAGUAUCAUGAAAAAUAUAUGAUGAAAUAUUUCUUGAAAAUUUUCAAUCAUUUGAUUAGUGUAUGGUAUCUAAAAGGUGGGGAGAAUUUUCAUUAUCAAAUGAUUGAAAAUUUUCAAGAAAUAUUUCAUCAUAUAUUUUUCAUGAUACUUAAUAGUAUUUCUAUUAAAAAAGUAAAGUUCUCACAAGUUUAAAAAUCACACAAUACGAUUGUGAGAGCUUAUGUGAUUUUGGAUUUAUUUUGUAAUUUUUAGUUACUAGUAUUUUAGGUUUCUAAUGAGUUGUUACAAUUUUUUUCAUUUUUAGGUGUUAGAAACUAUAGAUGGACAAAGCAGUGAUUGUGGUUUUGCUGAAAGCAGUUGCAAGACAAAUGUGGACUGUGUCAAACUAUGCCGUAAUCAAUUCUCGUGUCUCCAGUUGAAUCUCUAUGUCUCUAAUACACUUGGUGGGACUCCUUGUUGCCGUAUUGGUGCUCAUUCAAGUGUACACUAAAUGUAACCAAAAAAUCCAUAUGAAAUGAGAGUGUAUUACAUUUUGGUUCUCUUUUGAACAAUUUAUGAGCAAUAUGAGUGAUUCGGUCUCUUCAGCAACGGAUCUCAUGGCCAUCAUUAUUUAUUGAGUGAUGACUCGUAUAUAGUUUUAUAUAAUCUUUCUCUACUAUUUUUUUUUAUUGCUCUUUUGCUCUAUUCGUACCUAUUCAUUACUCCCAUAGAGUCCCAUGUUCUAUAACAACAAAAUCUUAACUUAUGGAUCCUAGAAAUAUAAAAUUCUAGCAAUCUCUUCAAUUAGGUGGUUUUCGUUGGAACUCUAUUAACAAAUAAUAAAUAAGAAAUCAAGUUUGCUUAUAUUGAUUGAAUAAAUGAUUGAAUAAACCCGAGAUUUUUUUUCUACUUCUCCCUUAUUUAUUCCUCAAUUUCCAUUUUUUGUAUCUAUAUAGAUUAUAGAUGGAGUGCCAAUUCAACACAAGUCCUUUUUUUUUAAUAUUAUUUCCAUUGUAUUUUUUUCGAAAAUAUAUAUUAUAUUGACAACAGUGUAUCAAACAAAUAUAAUUCAUCGUAAUUAAGUAUAUCUAUUUAUCUCUGUCCAUAGGUUUAGUUUUUUACUUUCCUUUAGGUAAAUGAUGGGUUCAUUGGAUUCAUUCUGAUACAAGAAUUUUUUUUUUGAUAGGGUCUAUCAAUUUUGAUAUUUAUCUAUAUAUAUUUUUUUGAUAAUUACUUGUAUUUUCAUUGGAUCUAUUCAUUUUUAUGUUUAGAAUCAAUUCUUAUUUUUUUUUUUAGAUUUAUUGUUUUGAUUGCCUCGUAUAAUUUCUUCAUUUAUUUUGAUUCUAAUUGUGUCUACACACCCUUUUUAUUCUAUUCGGGUUGCUAACUCAACGGUAGAGUAAUCGGCUUUUAAGUGCGGCUAGGAUCUUUUACAAAUUUGGAUGAAGCAAAGGAUUCGUCCAUACCAUCAGUAAAGUUUGGAAGACCACGACUGCUCCUAAAGGGGAAUGAAAGGGAAAAAUAGCAUGUUGUAUCAAUAGAGAAUUCUGAAAAUAUUUCAUUCUUACCGGAUCGGUACAAAACCUUGUUUGAAUUUUUGAAACAGAACAAAACGAAUUCAAUUUAAAGUUAGGUUGAAUGCAUAAAAGGAUAGAGCCUAUGGGUUCAAUUAAUUCGAGGGAAAGAAAAAGCAACGAGCUUCUGUUCUUAAUUUGAAUGAUUACCCGAUCUAAUUAUAGGUUAAAAAUAUAUUAGUGUCUGUAGCGGGAAAGGCUUUUCCCAUGCGGGAAUUGUUGAUUUUUUAAUGAAUCCUAACUAUUGUGACUCUCCAUAAUGGAAUGGAGGUGGAUGUGUAGAAGAAGCAGCAUAUUGAUAAAAAAAAAAUUCCAAAAUCAAAAUAACGAUUGGGUUGAAAAAAUAAAAUAAAGGAUUUAUAACCGUUUUCUUAUCCUAUAACAAACAUAAACCAAUAAAAUUAAAUGGAAAAAAAGUGGAUAGAGAAUAUGUUGAUAAGGCUUACCAAGGUAUCUAUUCUUUUCUUACUGCCAAUACCUUGUUUUGACCAUAUCGCACUAUGUAUCAUUUUAUAACCCCCAAAAUCCUCUAUCUUUAGUACCAUUUUUAUUUCAAAUGGAAGAAUUCAAAAGAUAUUUAGAACUAGAUAGAUCUCAGCAACACGACUUCGUGUAUCCACUUAUCUUUCAAGAGUAUAUUUAUGCACUUGCUCAUGAUCAUGGUUUAACUAGAUCCAUUUUUUUUGAAAAUAUAGGUUAUGACAAUAAAUUCAGCUUACUAAUCGUGAAACAUUUAAUUACUCAAAUGUAUCAACAGAAUCAUUUUCUUUUUUUUGCUAAUGAUUCUAACCAAAAUCCAUUUUUUGGGCACAACAUGAAUUUGUAUUCUCAAAUGAUAUUAGAAGGAUUUAUAGCCAUUGUGGAAAUUCCAUUUUCUUUAUUUUCCCUAGAAGGUAAAGAAAUAGUAAAAUCUCAAAAUUUACGAUCAAUUCAUUUAAUAUUUCCUUUUUUAGAGGACAAAUUUUCACAUCUAAAUUAUGUGUCAGAUAUACUAAUACCCCACUCCAUCCAUCUGGAAAUCUCAGUUCAAACUCUUCAUUACUGGGUAAAAGAUGCCUCUUCUUUGUAUUUAUUACGAUUCUUUCUCCAUAUGUAUUGGAAUUGCUCUCCACAAAAAAGUAAAAAUGGGACAAAACAUUUGCAUGAGCAUUUGGAAAGGUGUAAGAAGGACAAAUCAGUGGAAAUAAGGCAAUCAUUUUUACUAGCAAAUGAGAAAAGAAAUGAUAGAAAAGUGGAGUCCCGUAACCAUGUGUUUGAUCAAGAAAUCUCUCGAUCAGAUCUUGCUUCCAUAAUUGUUCUACAUGAGUAUCCCCUUUCUAUCGUUGAUCAUUUUGGAUUUAGAAGAUUUCAACCCAUGUUCAAAAUGGUUUCAAGAAACACAAUAAAAAAGGAUAUCUUCAAAGUUUAUGAUAUUGAGAGGGAAAAAAUGUAGGGUAGCCAUCACCGCAGAUAUGUGGACUUCAAAGCCAAACAAAAGAGGUUCCAUGGCAAUACGGCACAUUUCAUUGAUGAAGAAUGGUCAUUGUGAAAUAUAAUUUUGCUGUAUGUUCUACGAUUUUUUUUUCUAAAAAAAUUUAUUUUAUGUUCCAUUACUAUGACUAUUAUUUUUUUUUUUAAAUGUCGUGUUUAUUUUUAUUAGUUAUUACUUAUGUUUGUUUGGAUUGUUAAUUGAUUCUAGGUUUGUCUAUGUUCCAAUUCCUCAUAAUUGUGAAGUCCUUUCCAAUGUACUUGUUGAUGCCAUAUUGGACUAGAACAUUGAUAGGAAGCUAUCCACAAUUACCAUGGAUAAUCCUACUACAAAUGAUGCCAUGAUACCUACUGUAUUAGGAAAACUUUCCAUAAGCUCACUUUUUUUAAGGGGUAAAGCUCAUCACAUGCAUUGUUGUGCGCACAUUUUCAAUAUAAUUAUUAUCAGUGAUAGAAGAUGUGAUUGAAAGAAUACGUGAUAGUUGUUAUUAUUGGAGUGUGCACAAUGUAGAAAAGAAAAGUUUGAGAACAACCAGCCAAUUACGUAUUCAAAGCACAAAGGGUUUGGCUCAUGAUGUCAAAACUCGUUGGAACUCAACUUAUUCAAUGCUUCACACAGCUUUGAUUUAUAAAGAUGUGUUUGCACGAUUGAAGUCUCAUGAGAGACACUACACUAGUUUGCCAUCUGAGGAGGAUUGGUACUUAGCAAAUGCAAUUUGUGGGAGAUUUAGUUGUUUAACAGUGUGACAGAGUUGUUCUCUGGGACUACUUAUCCCACUGCAAAUUGCUACUUUCCAAAAAAUUGUAAGAUUAAAGUGGCAUUGUCUGAGUGGCUGGAAAGUCCAAUUGAGGUCAUUAGGGAGAUGGCAUAAAAAAUGAUGGAAAAAUAUGAGAAAUAUUGGAGUGUGUGUCAUGUUAUCAUAUGGGAAAAGCUUGUGUCUUGGAUCCAAGGUAUAAAAUGAAGCUUGUGGAAUAUUACUUCCCAAUCAUUUAUGGAGAUAACGCUUCGUAUCAAAUUGAAAAAAUUAGACAGGAUUGCUAUGAUUUGCUUCACGAGUACCAAUCUAGGUUGGAAAGGAAUCGACCUAAUACCAUGGGAGGAAGUAAAUCUGCUUGUUAGGUCAUUGAUGUGGAUGAGCAUGAUCCUCUCUCCAGUUAUGAUUUGUUUGUCAAUUUGAGUACUAAUUCCAUGCUUGUUAGAUCAAAAUUGGACUUUUACUUGGAGGAAAAUGUGUUGCCUAGAACCCCAGAUUUUGAUGUUCUGAGGAGGUGGAAGACAAAUGCGGUUAAGUUUCCUACUGUACAAAAGAUUGUUUGGGAUAUCUUAGCUAUUCCCGUGUCAACGGUUACAUCCAAAUCUAGUUUCAGUACAAGUGGAAGGGUGAUUACUCCACAUCGUAGUAGACUUUAGCCAUAUACUUUGGAGGCCUUGAUGUGUUUACAAAGCUGGCUAUGGAGUGAUAUUAAUGGUAAGUAACCACUAAUUUUAUUUAUUUAUUAUAUUACACAUAUUUAAUGGAACAAUAUUGUUAUUUGUUCAUAGGUACUAGCUCUACUACAGUUUCAACUAAUCCCCCUAAAUUUUGUGAUGAAGAAGAGGAAGCCGAUGCGAAUGCUAAUUGAAUAACAGGUUUUGUUUUUGUUGUUGUUUUUCAUUUGGUGCAUUUCAUUAAAUUAAUCUUUAAUUUUAUGGAAUGCUUUUGGUUAGGUUGUUACUAGCUUGAUGAAGUGCUUUUUUUUUUUCUUUUUUUUUUU